GCGAUAUUUCUGCCGGGUAACUAGCCGCUUCCUUUCUCUCGCGCGCGCGGUGUGGUGGCAGCAGGCUCAGCCUCGAGAUGCAGAACGACGCCGGCGAGUUCGUGGACCUGUACGUGCCGCGGAAAUGCUCCGCCAGCAACCGCAUCAUCGGUGCCAAGGACCACGCAUCCAUCCAGAUGAACGUGGCCGAGGUUGACAAGGUCACAGGCAGGUUUAAUGGCCAGUUUAAAACUUACGCUAUCUGCGGGGCCAUUCGUAGGAUGGUGAGUGUUCCCUGGGCUUUGCUUAUCACUUCGGGACAUCGUGGACUUGACCCUGCUUUACCCUGCGCAUUUGAGUGUGUGAUGGUGCCUGAGUAGAUUUGCUGGCAGAGUAGUUUGAGCCAGGUGGACUGGGCUGGCUGCCUGCUGCUGCUUGGGGGUGGAAGAGGGGUGCUCUGAGAAAACACUCAGGCAGCAGACCCUGCCUCCCACUAGGAGGUCCCCCCCAUCUCACGCCAUAGUCAGGCUGGAGGCUGCCCCUCGGGAGAGGUGGCUCCCCUUCUGCGCCUGUUUCCAUUCACUCAGCGGGGGAGACACAUGGGCUGGUGGCGCAGCUGACCUGCCAUCUCAAGCAGCCGGAGUGGAAAUAUUCUUAGUGUGUUUUUUUUCUUAAGGGUGAGUCAGAUGAUUCCAUUCUCCGAUUGGCCAAGGCCGACGGCAUCGUCUCAAAGUAAGGUUGGGGGGCUCACAUUUGGGCAGAGUGAGUGGACUAGGGCUGCUCCAGAGGCGUGGUCCUAACGUUGUCCUUUUCCCCUGGUUCUAGGAACUUUUGACUGGAGAGAAUCAUGGAAGUGGAAUAUUUGUCAUAAAUAAAUAGUGAAAACCUA